AUGGAAGCCGGUUUAUUAACAAAAGUUAUAAAUGAUUUUCUAACAAUUGUGGAUGGAGAAUUGAGUCUGUCAAAAAGAGAUUAUUUCUUGGUUUAUAACGUCAUCGAUAAGCAUUGGUGUUAUGGCGAGUCGUAUGGCAGACGUGGUAGAUUUCCCUCAAAUCAUUUACACAAAAUUGAUUUACCUAUUUUUAAAGACUCUGAAAAACUAUUCGUGUCUAUUGCUCCAUUUAUUGGUGAACAAGACGGCGAUUUAACAUUUGCUGAAGGAGAGCUUAUUAUUGGAGUACAACAAGUAGACACCGAUUGGUAUUCUGGAUAUACUGAUUCAAGAACUGGAUUAUUUCCAUUAACUCAUGUCUGGUUGAUAGACUCUUCAAUACUCAAAAAACCAACCGAUAAAAAAAAAGUUAGGAGAAAAGCUAAAGUAAAGACGUCAUUGAAAGCGCAGCUAGACGAAGAAUUAGACUUAACAGCUGGUGAAAUAGUUACAGUAAUAGAAAUAUUAGAUGACGGUUGGGUCCUUGGUGUUACUGAUGACGGCAGACAAGGAAGUUUUCCUGAAGGAUUUAUAAGUUAUAUGGAAGAGGAGCAAGAUAGUGGCGUUGAUGAAAGUGAUCGUUCAUCUGCAUUAAAUAUAGCAAUGGAUCCAUUUCCAACAUCAGUUGCCCAAGGCGGUGAAAUAUUCAAAGAUUUUAAUCAAUCAGGACCAAGUACGAGUAGCGAGAAUGCAAAUAAUGAACCAGCACCAUCUUACUAUGAUUUGUUCCCGGAAACGCGACCUACUUCUGUUGAUGCAUCCAGCAAUAUCAAUAAUGAUAGUGAUAAUAAUGGGCAAUUAAAUUCAUUAGGUUUAAAACCGUACGCCAUAACACUGUAUCCGUUUAAUGCUCAAUUUCCUAAUGAAUUAAACUUUGAAGCAGGUGAAGUUGUGCAUCUCAUACGUCAUAUAGAUUCUGAGUGGGCGGAAGGUGAAAUAAACAAUCAAAAAGGGAUAUUUCCUACGACGUACGUCAAUAUUAUUGUGAAUUGUUCUGCUAGUGAUGUCAAUCAAACGGAGAGUAAUGAAACUGAGCAAUCAAAAGAUUACGAGCGCUUGAAUGCGGGUGAUUUAGUGAGAGUUCAGCAUACAUUUAACGCUCAAAUGAAUGGCGACUUGAGUGUGGCUGAAGGUGAUGUAUUGACUGUCAUUGAAAUGGCUAAUGAUGAUUGGGUAAGUGUUAAGAAUAAACUCGGGGAUAUCGGACUCUGUCCACGUGGAUAUCUUACUCGAAGUGAAGAAUCUCAAACUCCAUUAGUUAAACACGAUUCGAUUAAAGACUUUGUCGUUGUAAGAGACGUUGAAAAAACUACAGAAACUCCAAAAGAGGAACGAACUAAAAGAUUGUCUGAGCCACAUCGUCCAGCUCCACCUGCGCCAGCCCCCGGAUCUAUUCCUCUGCAAAAACAGUCUGUAGCCGAUAAAACUCAACUGCAGCUCGAAGAAACUAGUACGGGUCUAGUUGAUGAAAUAAACGAAGUUGAAGCUGCCAAGCAAAAACGAGCGGAUAAAAGGCAGAAUGUUAUAACUGAGUUGGUGGUGACUGAAAAAGAAUUUGUGCGAGAUUUGAAAGUUACUUAUGAAACAUUUCAUUUAUUUAAUCCAAAGGUAUUGGAAGAACGGGGUAUUGAUGUUCCACUGUUGUUUGGAAAUUUUUUAGAGGUAAUUCAUGUCGCAGAAGAACUGCUAGAUUCGAUGUUAAAAGCGAUGAAAGGAUGCGAUGAAUCUAAACAAAUGAUUUCGCCUUGUUUUUUAUCAAUAGCCGACAGAUUACAAACAGUUUACGGUAAAUAUUGCGGCAAUCAUGAGGCUGCUUUGUCGUUGUUAACAAAAUACGAAGAAAAUCGGGAUAUUAUGACCAUUUUUGAGAAAGGUAUUGAAACAUUGCGUUAUCAAGUAGCUUGCUUUGAUAUGAGCUCGAUUUUAAUAAAACCCGUCCAGAGAAUUCUCAAGUAUCCAUUGAUGCUUUACGAGUUAACCAAGUGCACAGAAGAUGAUCAUCCAGAUCGUCAGGGUAUUGAAGCCGCUUGGAAAGCAAUGACAGAUGUCGCUUCUCAUAUCAAUGAGUAUAAAAGAAGAAAAGAUAUUGUUUCAAAGUAUUUUGAUACUGACAAUACAUUGAUGCGUAAAAUGGCUAAGCUUAGCAUGCAUUCAGUUGCUAAAAAAUCAAGUAGACUAAGCGCUAAAUUAUCAGCAAGUUUUGGUCUAACUAAUGUACCAGCAGACCCGGCAUUUGAAGAGCUAGAGAAGCAAUUUAAAUCAUUGGCUAAAUCUGUUGAAUUAUUGGCUAUUGAUAUUGAACAAUGUUUAAUUUGGUUAAACGAUGAUGCUUCUUGUGGUGAAUUACUGGCAGAAUUUAUAAAUCAAUAUUACUCCGGAGUGCAUGAUAUUGAAGUACAAAAAUAUAGCCAAGUACGCUCUAUGAUUUCAAAUCAAUUCAUCAAAACAUUCAAAGAAAAUAUUGAUAGAUCUGUUAUUAAACCACUCUCUUCACUGAUGGUUUUAUUAGAAGGGCCGGAAAUGCUUAUUACCAAACGCCAUGAUAAAUUAUUGGACUAUGACAACGCGAUAUCAAAGAAUGAGAAAAAUAAAGAAUCGAGAAUAAUACAAGAGGAGUUAACAAAUACCAAAAGUAAUUAUGAAGCACUGAAUCAACAAUUGUUAGAAGAAUUACCGAUAUUGAUCGAUGCAGGAGUUAAAAUAACAAUAUCAUGUGUGCGUAGUUUUACAAAAGCCCGUAAAUUAUUUAAUGGUAAAAUAAUGAAACAAUAUUUAGAUUUACCUAAAUCAACUACACAACAUCCAUCCGAGGAUAUUUUACAAUUGUUUUUGAUUAAUCACAAUUUACUGUGGAAUCAAAUAUCGAGAUUUAGUUUCGCUGGCGUUAAUCCGCGCGUUGAAGAAGCCAAUAUUGACGUAAGUCCGCAGAACGACAAACAGAAAACUCAGUUGUUACGUAAAUAUCAACGGGAUAAAUUAUUUGUUGUAAAGGAUAAUUUAAUUAGCACAUCGACGCUGGAUUUAGGGGCUAGCAAAGGGACUAUUGUGGCGGUUAUAAAAACUCAAGACCCAAUGGGCGAUAGUUCUAGAUGGUUCGUUGACAACGGUAUUACACAGGGCUUUAUGCCGUCAAAAAUGCUUGAAUCUUUAUCACAAAUGAGUUUUUACAGUAACAGCAGCAGCAAUAAUAAUAAUAAUAAUAAUAAUAAUAAUAAUAAUAAUAAUAAUAACAACGAUGUCGUCGAUUCACGUUCUAAUACUCCAGAUCUUAUGUCUUUGGAAUCACCUGUAAAAAAUGUUAAUACUAAUUUAAUUUCACUUGAGAGUCCUCAAAAGGAAUCUUCAUCUCGUUCAAAUUCAAAUUCACAGUCUCAGUGGUAUUUGAAUGUUGAUCAAGUAAAUAAUGACAAUAAGAAUUAUGAAAAUUUAUCAAGCAAACAGGAGCAAAGAUAUGAAAAUUUUGAUUCUAAGUUUUAUUAUGCGGAAUAUGAUUUCGAUGGUAAUUUGCCUGGAACACUUGCCGUUAAAAAAGGGCAAGCAUUAAAGCUGAUUAGACCAAAUGAUGAAAAAGGUAACACUGCUUGGUGGUUAAUGGAAACCCGUGAAGGGAAAAGUGGAUACGUAUAUAUCUCUACUAAAUCAUCUAUUUUAAUCGAUUAUUAA